AUGGAGGUAAAUAUCCUUGGAGUCAGUGAAGUCCAUUGGCCUGGUACUGGAAUGAUUAAAUCGAAAGGUAAAGUCUUUUACUAUUCCGGCAAUGACAGUAUUGAUCAAAAUCAUCAGCGAGGGGUUGGUAUUUUAAUAGAUGAGAAUUUACAAAAGUCAGUGAAGAACUUUAUUCCUCUCUCAGAAAGGGUAAUUCUAAUUCAGUUACUGGGCAGGCCUAUUAAUAUCAAUAUCAUCCAGGUCUAUGCUCCAACAGCAGAAAAGGCAGAGGACGAGAUUGAAGACUUUUACAGACAACUUGAUCAGGUACUAAGACUCACAAAAAGUAAUGAAAUAAACUUGGUUUUGGGAGAUUUUAAUGCCAAAGUCGGUAAAGGCAGGUUGGGAUCUGUGGUCGGAAAUUAUGGUUUAGGUGAAAGGAAUGACACAGAUUAUAUACUAAUUAAUAAUAGAUUUCCAUUAAAUCCAUUACGUGCCAACAUCCUAUUGCGUUUUGCCAAACCUAAACGAAAAAGCUUGAGAAAGAACUUGGAUCCAAAACUUCUCAGAGACCAGCAGACAAGAUCGAUGUAUGAAAACCAUAUAAAUAGAGAAUUGGAAAGUAUUGUCAGUACAAAUGACAUUGAGAAACAUUGGCUGGGCAUUAAGCAAGCUUUCAAGAACACAAAUGAAAACCUCCUCACGGCUAAUCGAACAACAGCGAAAAACGAGUGGAUGAGUGAAGAUAUUUUAAAAAUGAUGGAACAACGAAGACAAUUUAAAAUCCAGAAUAAUCACAACGAAUAUAAAUCUAUGCAAAGAAAAAUUCGUAAUAAAAUAAGAACGGCAAAGGAGAGAUGUAUAGAGGCCGAAAAUCUCAGUCACCUUGGAGACAAUUUCCAUCUUCACAAGAAAGUGAAAGAGAUAGCUGGGUUACACCAUAAUAAAUCAAUAACCCUAAUUAAAACUGAUGAAAAUAAAAUUAUAACGGAAACAGAAGAACUAUUGCAAACUUGGAGAAAUUAUACCAUUAAUCUUUUCAACGACGAAAGAUCAGAAAACCCUGCAACUGAGAUUCCCAUGCCAUCAGGACCAAGCAUAUUGGAAAGUGAAAUUAUUCAUGCGAUUAGAUUAAUGAAAACGACAAAACUCAGGCCUGAUGAUAUGUAUUCGGAAACGUUCCACUUAAUUAAUGAACAAAACUUAAAAACUAUAGUACAGCUUUUCAAUAACAUCUAUGACACCGGUUACAUCCCUGAAGACUGGCUUCGUUCUACGUUUAUCACGCUGCCCAAGUCAAGUAACGCAACUUCAUGUAAAGAGUAUCGUCUUAUUAGUCUAAUGAGCCACUUUCUUAAGCUCUUUUUACGGGUACUGCAUACAAGACUCUACAAAAUAUGUGAGGAAGUAAGUGGAGAAAGUCAAUUUGGAUUUAAGAACGGCUUUGGUACUAGAGAAGCCAUAUUCAGUCUUCAAACUUUAGUACAGAAUUGCCAAGAUCAGAGAAAAGAUGUCUUCAUGUGCUUUAUAGACUAUGAAAAGACGUUCGAUAAUGUUAAACAUAACCUCCUUGUAUCAUACCUCAGAAACUUGGGACUUGAUGGAAAAGAUAUAAGGCUCAUCAGUAAUUUGUAUUGGAACCAAAAAGCUGAAAUUCGUAUACAUAGCGUAGGAGUAACAGAAGAUUUUGAAAUAAAAAAGGGGAACAAAAUUUGGAAACUGUCAAUUCCAAUUCAAGGAUAA